CGUCAUACAUUUUGGGCACCAGGCGUCCGUAUAGCCUCUCCAGAAAACAACACGCACUCAAUUUAGAUAUUCAGGAUUGAGUUCAUGGAAGUGAUAUCUGCACUUGUUUUUAAAACACACACCUCUAUGGAUCCUUUCGAUUUCGAUACCCGGAAACAAGGAUCAUAUGUCAUCAUAGUUGUCGGGUUGCAUGUGGAAAUCAUGUCCAGCUCCUACGUUUGGAUUCCAUAAUAAUUUAUUCGGACCCUUAAUCGAAAGAAGUCUUAUAGAGAGAAUUAAUCGUAUUACCGGUCGGAUUGUUGAUCACCUGAGUUGAGGAAUCUAUAGAGAAUUAUUCUACUAGUCCGGACAGACAGGUAGAGGACGAUGGAAGACGGAGGUAGCUCCCCGCCUGAUCUGAUCAAGGACCAUGGAGAACCCAGUCAUGUUCUCACUCCCCUAGCCCCUGGCAGAGGAGUGCUGUUCCCUUCAUCGCUCCUUCCUCCCUGCUCUACCCUCCUCCCUCCAGUCAUCCCCCCUUCACAGGACGACCUGUGGCAGCUACCUGGAAGACUACGUAUAAACCCGUCUCUGUGGGACAAGGAGGACGUGGUCCACUGGCUGCACUGGGCUCAGAGGGAAUAUUCUCUCCUCAGAACUGAGAGGGGACGGUUUGAGAUGAACGGCAGAGCUCUCUGCCUCCUCACCAAGGAAGACUUCAGACGCCGCUGUCCUGACUCAGGUGAUGUACUGUACGAGCUCCUACAGUGUGUGAAGCAGCAAAGAAGGGAGGUCUCCGCAUGCCACACAACUCCACCCAUCCUGACCCUCACCAAGCCCCCUCUCAGUCUCACCAAACUCCCCUCUACUAAAUACACCCAGCCAACCCAAACCAAUGGAAGCCAUGGUCCCCAACCCCUAGGAGCCAAUGGAUCAACACAUGUGUCGAAGUGUCAUCCCACAAUCCCUAGCUCCCAGGAGGAGGAGCCUCUCAACCUGUCCAAUCAGGAGAGGACUGAGAGAGAAGUCCCACCUAGAGAGGCCAACGGCAAGAUCCCAGACUGCAGGUUGCUGUGGGACUAUGUGUACCAGCUGUUGUCAGACCAGCGCUACCAGCCCUUCAUCCGCUGGGAGGACCAGGAGAGCCUGGUGUUCAGGGUGGUCGACCCCAACGGACUAGCUCGACUCUGGGGGAACCACAAGAACCGAGCCAACAUGACGUAUGAGAAGAUGUCUCGUGCUCUGAGACACUACUACAAACUCAACAUCAUCAAGAAAGAACCAGGACAGAAACUACUCUUCAGGUUCCUGAAGACCCCUCAGGAGAUCAAGCGACACAGAGUGGACCGCCUCGACUCAGCAGAUUCCCCUGAACACUCACCCUCACACUCACCCUCACACUCACCCCGGCGGGACUUCAGUGAGGAUGGUUUGGAAGUGUCCCCUGAAUACAGCGCCCCAAGCUCUAACCCCCUAAGCAUGACAGUAUGAACAUGGGUACUCCUGUGUUGAGGUAUUGGCUCUCUUGCACUGUGAAAUGGCUAUGUUUUUGUGGCAGUAAUCUACAACCCACUAUCACACUGUGGAAACUUUAUGGUGGUGCUGUGUAGCUAAUGACUAGCGUCCC